AACGCCAGUAAUAAAGUAAACAAACACAUGCAUACAGACAAAUUACGUAUUUUAAUUUUAAAUGUCUUUUAUUGCCCCGUCAAAAAUCCGACAGGAAUAGCUUCCUUACUGUUCAGCGUUUAUGAACUAAUUGCUAAAUAACAUCAAGUUAACCCCUAUUAGAAUGUUAAAACAUGAGCAGCCCAGAGAAAAAUGUUCUCUUAAUUUGUUAUCCUAUUUUGGUCAAUAUAAAAUUAUAAAUGUUUUUACUGAUUGUGGUUUUUUUUUAGAUCCCACGUUGAUUUGAACUCAGACUUUUACAUUAAUGUGAAGGAAGAAAUUACAAUCGAAGAGGAAAAUAUGUGUGUGUUGGUAAAAGUUGAAGAGGAAACCAUUAGCAAUAUGAGUGAAACUGAGACUGUAACUGAGCACACUGCGAAGACUGCACAAGUAAAUCAGUAUAACUGUAACAUUUGCGCGACAUCGUUUGUAAAUAAAUCAAACCUGAAAAUUCAUUUGGUCACACAUUCAAAAGACCGGCCUUUUCAAUGCGAUAUUUGCGGCUUAAAGUAUAAGCAAAUAAGGUACUUAACAAUUCACCAGAAGAAACACCCAAAAAAGGAACAGUAUAACUGUCAAAUUUGUGCUAAAACUUUGUUGUUUUCAAAUUUAGAUGACCAUUUGAAAACUCAUUCGAACACUCUCCUUUAUGCAUGUGAUUUUUGCGAUUUUAAAUGCAAGUUGAAGUCUGACCUUACUGAGCAUCGAACCAUUCAUAUUAAUGCAAACCAACACACGUGCAGUAUUUGUGAUAAAACAUUUGCUUUAAAAUCAAAAUUAGAUUUUCAUUUGAAAGUUCAUUCAGACCAACGCCCUUUUCGAUGCAAUAUUUGCAAUUUGGAUUUCAAAAGGAAAAGCGAUUUAAAUGUUCAUCGAAAUAAACAUACAAAAGAAAAACAGUACAGCUGUAAAAUUUGUAAUAAAAAGUUUUUAUAUCCAAACAGUAUACAAAAGCAUUUACGCUGUCACUCAGAUCAACGGCCAUUUCAAUGCGACUAUUGCAAUUCAACAUUUAAAACAAAAAGCCACUUAAGCGUUCAUCGAAAUAAGCAUACCGAAGAAAAAGAGUACAAGUGUAAGAUAUGCGCUAAAACUUACUAUUCUGCAAAUAGAUUGCGCACACAUACAGCAUCGCAUUCAGACAAACAGCCGUUUAAAUGCGAUAUUUGCAACAAAACAUUUAAAAUUAGAGAUUCAUUACGGCGACAUGCUCGUGCCGUACAUUUUGAACAACCAGUUUAAGAAUAGCCGAUUUUAUCAAAAAAAUAAACUAAGAAGUUAAAAUAAGCCUCUAUUAUUUUCUCUGUUUUCGUGUCCAUUGUUUAGCUUUCGCACCAGUGGACAAGACAGAGAAAACACAUCAUCAUGCUUAGGGCUGAUGUUUUUUUUCCGGUAUGUCUAAUGUUUCUCUAAAUAUAGAGAAUGACCCCUAUUAGCAACAUCUGCAGUUAGAAAUGAGAACCCUACAUAAUUAAACUCAUAAUACAUUUAGGAAUGUUUUCCGGGCUUUGAAGCCGUGGUCUAUCGGAAUUUCUUCCUGACGUUUCGUCCACAAAACUAAAGACUAAAACUGUUUACAGUUACUGAUAACAGUUUUAGUCGGAAAGCACGGGAGAUCACUUCGCCCACUGCCUCAUCGCCUUUG